GCACACAACACAGCAGCUGCACUGACAGUCGUUGCUCGGUCCUUUGCACGGGGCCCCAACGCUCUCCGAAGAAAGCUUCCCAGGCGGGUGGUAUUGAGAAUAUGAGCCCUCUGAAGCCAUGCACGCGCGUACACCCGGCUCGAUCUUGAAAAACGUUAAGCUGCGCGUGCGUCGUUUUAUUCGAAAUGCCGAAUGUUUUCACACUCCUUACGUACCUUCGUUUCGUGUCACUGUUACACCUUGUCCGAUUUGUGGCGCGCCUAGGUAGGGUAGCUUAGCAAUAUACUAGCGGUACAAAGUCUAAAAUUCAAUCUGUACUCCGAGUUUCCGGUUAGCAGUCUCCCCCGAAAGAGCGAUCGAUGGGCAAAGAGCAGAAGAGGUGUUCACAUGCAUGUUUAUCUGCGUCCGGUAAAAGGAGACGCUCGGGCGCAGCAAUUAUCGGCAUGCCUUUUGCAAGGCCAGAUCCGCCUGUUGAUUGCUCCAUGCUCCUCCUCCAGCAAAGGCGCAAGCACCUCUGCAGUUUCCGGUAGAUGCUGCAGAUUUCACGGCACCACCAUGCCGAAAGGCAGGCAGCGGCACUGCUACGCUCCUGGAUGUCGUACUGGUUAUGCCGGUGUCAAAACUGCAACGAAACUGUCUUUGUUUAGCGUGCCUAAAGAUGAAGAACGCAGAAAAGUCUGGGAGAAAAAUCUUCAUCGAAUGGACAAGCCCCUCGACGAGAACUGUUCCGUGUGUGAGCUGCACUUCGAGGAGCGGUAUAUUCUCCGUGACUAUGUGCAUAUUGUGGACGGCAGAGAGGUGAGGAUUCCACGGGGUAUUCCGAUGCUGAGGAGUGACGCAGUGCCGACAAUCCUUCCCAAUGUUCCGAAGUACCUGACCACGAAGGUACCAUCUAGACGUGAACCUACAAAACGAGAGGCGUCCGCGGAAAGUGAAGUUGCCAGCAAAAAGAAGAAAGGUGAUCAGGAUAAUCAGGACCCAUGCACCAGCGCGGACUUGCCGGAGCUGAUCGAAGAUAUGUCGCCAAACCUUGACUGUGAAAACGUGCACAACUUAAUCACGCCAUCAGAAUAUUGGUCUAAACAUCGAUUUCCAUCAUUCGAAGGCGUUGUGUAUGCGCUGUCCGAACUACAACCCUCAUCUGGCACUGUCACCUCUGAGAGGUCAGUGAUUUUCUCUGUCAGCGAGGCUCAAGAAGCUUCAUUCAAGACAUUUCUGAUCGGGAGAACGGUAACUGAAGGAACUGUAAGGACGGUUUCAGAAGCGGAGAGAGCAUUAUAUUGGGCUUCUAAACUACUGAAAUGCCCUGGUGCAAUGUCCUCCACUGCAAUGAGGACAGAAGAUUUGACGAACGCCCUUCGAAGCAAAAUUACCCUGGUUGGCGGUGCUUUCCACAACAAGGAAUGCACAGGGAUUGCAGCAACAGAGGGUAAGCUUCAAGCGAUCGGCAAAUUUUCGUACAUUGUAAUUUAUUGAAGUGCCAUAUUUACGU